CGCCAUUGGCUCGCGCCACACUCGGGCGGGGCUCGCGGUCUCCGUGGCGACGGGUGACGUCACCGCCCUGCGCCUCCAUUUGACGCAGAGCCUCGGCGGGAGACGAGCCGCAUUAUUUUAGCGCAAGGCUGACAGUGGCGGCGACAAGAUGGAGAAAAGCGAACUGGUACAGAAGGCCAAGCUGGCCGAGCAGGCCGAGCGUUACGACGACAUGUCAGCCGCCAUGAAGGCGGUGACGGAGCAGGGCCACGAGCUCUCCAACGAGGAGCGCAACCUGCUGUCGGUCGCCUACAAGAACGUGGUGGGCGCACGUCGCUCCGCCUGGCGUGUCAUCUCUUCCAUCGAGCAGAAGAGCGAUGCCAGCGACAAGAAGCAGCACAUGGCCAAGGAGUACCGGCACAAGGUGGAGAAGGAGUUGUGCGACAUCUGCAACGACGUGCUGGCUCUCCUGGACAAGCACCUGAUCGUCAGUGCGACCAGUGCAGAGAGCAAGGUGUUCUACCAGAAGAUGAAGGGCGACUAUUACAGAUACCUGGCUGAGGUUGCAGUCGGAAUAGACAAAGCCAGUGCCAUGGAGCGGUCACAGGCCGCCUACCUGAGCGCGUUUGAUGUCAGCAAGGCAGAGAUGUCACCCACUCACCCAAUCCGCCUGGGCCUGGCACUCAACUUCUCCGUCUUCUACUACGAAAUCCUGAACUCGCCCGAAAAGGCCUGCAACCUCGCCAAGACUGCAUUUGACGAAGCCAUCGCUGAACUGGAUACUUUGAAUGAAGACUCGUACAAGGACAGCACGUUAAUCAUGCAGCUGCUGAGGGAUAACUUGACGCUCUGGGCCUCAGACGCGCAGGGUGAAGAUGCAGACGUGGAUGGAGCCGAGAACUGAAGCGGGGCACGAAGAGGGGUACGCGAGCGAGCGACAAAAUCGUAACACCAACAAAACCUUUCUCCCCGGCUUGACAGAAUCAAAUACAUCGCAGAGCUGUCAUGUGCGAUUGGCUCAUUGUACCAUCAUCAUCACCACUACCACCACCACCCAUCGCGGCUACAACACGAUUACAAUUCUUAAACACGAGCACCAGCCACAAUUGGGUGACCUGAGCACCAAUCUGGUUUGCUUCACAAAAGCAUCUUCUCAGCCUCUCCUCAUUGCCUCUCCAAAUUAUCUGUGCUCGGCAGCUUCAGUUUUUUUAUUUGCAAGUGUCUGUGUUGAGAGGGAGCACGUGUGCAAGGCACACACAUGAACACUCCAGUCUACAUAGCGCCCACCAACAUAUCUCAAACAAAUUCUGGUUUGUACUGCUCCUGUAUGCUCAUUGGUGGUCUUACCAUAGUUUAUUCGUAAUUGGUAAGAAGGUUAAAUAUGCGUCAAGUGUAUAUUUAUCAACUCCUUGCAUUGACAGGUGUUUCUGCAUCCGUUCCUCUGCCGCAGGGACAAUUUGAAUGGCAAAAAUCUUGACGUCUACCGUUCCCAAAUUCAAUACUUUAGUGCUUUGAAUGUUUGAGAGUUUGAUCAAAAACAAAUUAAUGAAAGUAUUAAUGAUUGUAAAGUGUGCUCCUGUAACUCAGGCACGACAAGUAGUUACUGAAAAACGUUAUCCUAAGCUAUUGUGCGCAACUGCAUUGCAAAUGCAUUUUAACAUCUGUGAUGAGGCAAAUAUUGCAGCCUUCACGCGAAUAGCCUAAAUUUAAAUCCUCCUAGCGACGCUAACUAAAACAAUGGCAAAUGUACAUUUCACCAUCUCAGGUUGGUUCAGGGUAAGUCGCACUCGUUUUUUUACAAAUGUGACCAGGGCACUUGGAUAAUAUGCUGUCCGAGGCCGUUCUAUCGCAGGUGCUUGUUUAAAAAUAGUUGCUCGUGAUUCAGAGGCCAAUGACCAUAACUGGGGCGGUGUGGCUAAGUGGAUGCUCCGUCAUUUGAGACGCAACACGUCCCACCUGCCUUUGUGCGUGCGUGCUCCACACGUGUUCGUGUACACGUGCAGCUGCUCCUCGUAACCAUAUACACUGCACGCACACAUCCAUGACGCCGUGUAACUAAAGCACGUUGUCUACAAUCAUGUAUACGUGGUAUCCUCCACACACAACGCAUGCGCGCACAUCUUCUUGCAACAGGACACUAACACGCUUGGGCACCCGUUUACAGAAUGGGCACAGCGAACGCAUGACAGCCACAAUUGUGCGUGUGACCGCUACCACAGCCCACCACGUAUUGCGCUAGUGUAUGCACACGACCCUUAAACACAUGUCGUGCCACACACCACACACCCCAGCUUGAACUACAGCACACCAAAUACCCCCACUUGCUGUGACAUGUCAAUUGUGAGGUGAAAUUGUCAGUGUGCAUACAUUCCAUUUUACUGCAUGCACUCACAUUAUGUGGAAGUGUAAUUGUGAUGACCUGUUCAAAAGUUGUUGGGUUUAUUUUUUUCUUCUCAUUUUUUACCCACUUUCAGUUAUGUUUACCUGGUAUAAAAUAAAUACAUACCAAUAGUGACAUCAAAAUAUAUAAAGAAUAUUGUAGGGUAUUGAGACGUCACUUUUUAAUUAUAAUCGGCCUUUGUUAAUCGUUUAAGUAUGAUAAGAUGCCGCAAAAUGCCUUUGUUUUUCUGCAAGUGCAGAAUUAACCUAAUAACAGUUGUGAAAACAAAUCUUAAGUGAAAGUGGGCAGCAUAGCCUCUGAUGGAAUGUUUGCAAAUGGAACUGUGGUGAAACAUUUGCAUCCAACGUUAAGUCCACAAAUGGUAUAUUCCAGUAAAACAUUAAUGGGAAAAUAUAAUAAUGUUACUACAUUCUACUUGUGGCAAAUAGUCCAAUGGUAGCAUUAUUAGUACAUUUAAAAUAAUUGUAUGUUUACUUUAGGUACUCUGCUUUAAGGCAUCAUACUGUAUACCAAUAAUCGUUAUAAUUUUGGCAUAUUGUGAUAUUCUUUAGUUCAAACAUACUAGUGCUUUUAAUUACACUUUCCGUAUAGAUACAUGUUUGACAGUCUCGAGCAGUGGUAGGCAACCUGAGGCCCGCAGGCUGCAUGUGGUCCAAGGUGCCCCUUGUGGUGGCCUGUGUUAAGGGUAUCUAGGCUUAUGCGUGGGGGUCAUGUACCCCACUGACCAUCGCUGGUCUAUAGUAUACUGGAAAACAAUAUAAGCACUAUAUUACUUAUUGGUGUUUAUGAAGCCAUGUUUCCACAAGUAAUAAUUGUAGAGAACAAGCUGCUGUAGUACUUGGUCCAUUUGUCACCUAAACGUUGCCCAAAUACUUCACCACAGUAGUAUGUGUUGUACCGUCUGUGACAGAUUUCCUGCUGAAAUAAAAUCUGAAAUCCGAUUUUGAAGUAUCCACGUCUACAAUAAAAGUUUGUUUUGCCUGGCA